UAUACUCGCUGUGCAACAUGUUGCGAGAGUAUAAAAAAACACCAAGUUCUUUUGAAGUUAUGACAAAUUCAAUUCUUAAGCGUAAGCUACAAUCAAUUCAGCUUUGAAUGGUAAGAAAUUCGUUUAUUAGGGAAUAUGGAGCAUUUCUCGUCAGUCAUAUCGGACGUUAGGAACAGUGAAUAUUGUUUAAAAAUUACACUCGCGCUCAGUGAAAACUCAAGCAAAGAAAAUAAAAUAAAUAAAUAAAAAUAAGAGUGAGAAAAUGGUGAAAAAGUUCUUUUGCUUCCGUUUGGAAUCCACUGCGAUUUUUUUCGCCUGCCUGGGUAUCAUUUACUCAGUCAUUAUGAUUAUCUAUUCUCUAUAUGGCCCACGUGCACAGGAGAAUUACAUAGAAUUGCUCAAAAAAGGCUACAAUGAAAGCAAUGUUAAACUAUGUCUCGGUAUCUAUAUAGUCUUCUGUAUUAUUAGUGGAACCGCGAAUAUUUGCUUGCUUUUGGGUACAAUCAAGAAACGCCACUAUAUGAUCUUGCUAUGGUUAAUCGUCAGUCUUUUGGAUGUAUUCUUUUGGAUUGUUUUCAUGUUCCAUACUUUUAAUUUAAUAGUUAUUUUAUGUAUCGCGUUGAGUAUUUAUCUUUGGAUUGCGAUGUUCUCACUUUAUCAGAAAAUUAAAGUGGAAAACGAAACAGUGUCCUCAAGCCUGGUACAUAAUGAGAAUAUACAUUCUCCCACCAAUUGUUUUACAUGCACAGAUAUACUGCUUUUUUGUUUCGAAUAAAGAUUAUAAAUUUUUUUAUAUAUGGAUAAUUUUCGUUAUUAUAAUACAUAAAAAACAAUAAAAAAAAUUAAU